AUGCCCGCCAGAACAUCCGAGAGACCACUCCUGCCUAGUGCGCAACUCACCCCAGCCGCAAGUCAAGACAACCGACAGCCAUUCGCGCCGCAAGCCCGCAAGCGCAACGCCGAUAUUACCGCCUUCGCGGAAGUGGCAAAGAGACACCGCGCAACCCCCCACUGCCAAGGCACAGCACGCCGCCCCGCCAGCCGCCUCAACACAUCCGCCACCUACCCCGCCCCGCCCUCCACAACCGAGAACCGCACCGGGGUGGGUGCGGGCGGUACGAUUGACCAGCUGUCGAACCAAUCUAGCAGCUCCGCACCACUACGCCCGCCCGCCGCUUCGUUGUUCGUGGUGCGCGGGCAAGCUCCUCUAUCCGGACACAGACCGCACUCAGCGCUACAAGAACACUCUGCACCACUAGCGCGCGCAUCCACCGCGCAUCCAGGAACUGUCGAGCCGCAGCAGUACUAA